CUGUGGGUAAGGCGACAUUUCCUGCCCCCAGGGCCAGGGCCUGGGGAGAGAUGAUGAGUUGCUGAGUGUGCACCCCUUUCCGGAGCACACACAUACACUCCCUGCUCUGGGGUCCCUUGUCGGGGGACCCCCAUGGAGCUCCCCCUGGCCCAGAUAUGUCCCCGAGGUACCUUCCAGCCCACGGACAUGACUCGCAGGAGCUGCCAGCGCCUGGCCUACACUGCGGCAUCUCCCCAGGCCCCAGAGGCUGCCUCCAUCCCAGAGAAUGCUGAGAGGGCAGAGGAGGUGCCUGGGAAAGGAAGCCUGUCCCUGCAGGCCGAGAUCAGGGCUUGGUUCCAGAAGACCCAGGCCCACUGGCUCCUGCAGCAUGGGGCAGCCCCUGCCUGGUUCCAUGGCUUCAUCACCCGGAGGGAGUCAGAGAGGCUGCUGGAACCCAAGGCUCAGGGAUGUUACUUGGUGCGGUUUAGCGAGAGCGCGGUGACCUUCGUGCUGACUUACAGGAGCCGGACUUGCUGCCGCCACUUCCUGCUGGCCCAGCUCCGGGACGGGCGCCACGUGGUGCUGGGCGAGGACAGCGCCCACGCGCGGCUGCAGGACCUGCUGCGGCACUACACGGCGCACCCGCUCAGCCCCUACGGGGAGACGCUCACCGAGCCCCUUGCCCGCCAGACUCCUGAGCCUUCAGGACUUUCCCUGAGGACCAAAGAAUCAGACACUGGAAGCAAAAGCCAGGACCCAAACCCCCAGUACAGCCCGAUCAUCAAGCAGGGGCAGGCCCCAAUCCUGAUGCAGAAAGAGGGGGUUGGGGAGAAAGAGCCCUCCCACCCACUCAGGCCCAAGCCUCCCAUCCCCGCCAAACCUCAGCUGCCCGCAGAACUCUACACAAGCCCUGCUCCACGCCGCUGCCUGGCCUCACCCCCCAGGCCCCCCAACCCUAUCUACAACGAGCCUGAUGAACCGAUAGCCUUCUACGCCAUGGGCCGGGGCAGCCCGGGGGAAGCCCCCAGCAACAUCUAUGUGGAGGUGGAAGAUGAGGGCCUGCCCGCCACCCUUGGGCACCCUGUCCUACGGAAAAGUCGGUCCAGGCCUGUCCCAGGAGGCCAGAAUACAGGUGGCUCCCAGCUGCGUUCUGAGAUCUCUGCGAUUGGGCAAGGCCCUCCCCUGCCUCACCAGCCCCCACUCGCCUGGAGACACACCCUCCCCUACAAUCUUUCUAGACAGGUGCUUCAGGACAGAGGACAGGCAUGGCUCCCUCUCGGGCCUCCUCAGUAGGCGGUCUGGCCUGACCCCCACCAAAGAAGCCUGGAGGUCGGAGAAGCAAAUGUGGAGUCUGCUCCCUCCUGAGAUCCCAAGAAUCCAGUGGCUCAGUGCUUGGUGAUCCUCUGGAAGUGUGCGAGGAGGGCCCUGCUGGCUCCCACUGUCCUGGCUUCUCCUCCUGGAGUCUAAUUUCCUUGGCCCUCUGAGCCUUUGGGUCUGGGCCCUGGUCCAAUGCUGCUGUUGUCUGAGGAAUGGUUUGGUGAGAACAGAUGUUAGAACUUGUUUGUUGAUUCUUGUCUGGCUAAUAAAUCAUCACCAACUGCCUCCCCCUACAGGGA